GCCCUGGUGGUGGAAAUGGGGAUUUUCAAUGCUUUAACUCUUUCCUCACAGCCACUUUCUACAAACCCGAUGCCAAAAAAGUUGGGACAUUGUACAAAUUCAAUACGACUACACUGGGAAAUGGCCACUGCAGGAAAGGUUAUUAAAUGUCGGGCUGCUGUUGCCUGGGAGCCCAAUGUGCCCCUGAUAAUGGAAGAAAUAGAAGUCGCCCCACCUCAGGAAAGCGAAAUACGAAUUAAGGUUGUAGUCACAAGUGUUUGUCACACCGACCUUUAUCACCUGUUUGAAGGGAAGGACAAACGGGGUUUUCCCACUGUCCUGGGACAUGAGGGCGCUGGUGUGGUGGAGAGUGUGGGACCUGGAGUCACUGAUUUUAAAACAGGUGAUAAGGUUAUUCCACUCUUCCUCUCUCAGUGUGGAAAAUGCAGGUUCUGCAAGUGUCCAAAAACAAACCUGUGUGACAGCAGUUGGUCAACUAAAUAUCAUGACACUAUGGCUGAUCCUUCAACACGUCUCACUUGCCGUGGUCAGCCCAUUCUGCAGUUCAUGGGCACCAGUACCUUCUCUGAGUACACCGUCAUCAAUCAGUUUGCUGUGGCCAAGAUUGAUGAUAAUGCCCCACUCGACCGCGUGUGUCUGCUCGGCUGCGGCAUCACUACUGGUUAUGGAGCUGCUGUCAACACAGCUGGGGUCACUCCAGGCUCAGUCUGUGCAGUGUUUGGAAUGGGUGCAGUAGGUCUGGCUGCAGUCAUGGGCUGUAAAAACGCCGGAGCCUCCCGCAUCUUUGCUGUGGAUAUUAAUGAGCAGAAGUUUGAGAAGGCAAAGGUCUUUGGUGCCACUGAUUUUCUGAAUCCGAAGGCAUAUAAUAAACCCAUCUCUGAAGUACUGGCAGAACUUACCAAUGGAGGAGUGGAUUACUCACUUGAGUGUGUGGGCAACACUGAAGUAAUGAGAACUGCGCUGGAGUCAUGUGUUAAAGGUUGGGGUGUGAGUGUUUUAGUUGGCUGGACUGAUGUGAAGGACUUCUCUGCAAGGCCAAUACAACUCUUAUCUGGGAAAACCUGGAAAGGAUCUUUGUUUGGAGGUUAUAAAAGCAAGGACUCUGUUCCAAACCUGGUUUGCGACUACAUGAACGGCAAAAUAAAGCUUGACGAGUUCAUAACGCACAAAAUGAAUAUUGAGCAGGUCAACGAUGCCAUCAACCUCAUGAAGACUGGAGAGUGCAUUCGAUGCGUCCUGAAUAUAUCCAAAUGAGAAGCAAAUCAUCCUCACCCAAGCAGUUUCUAGGCCUGCCAGUUAUAUUCAGCUUAUGCGCUUCACCUUCUUUGCAGUAUUUGAGUAACAGCUGGAUGCAUUCAAGGACCCUCUUUAAUAGCAUAUUCCAGCCCUCUGCUUUAACUAAACAUUAAUGUUUAACAUAAAAAAGCUGUGAUAUUCAUCUGCAAGGCAAAAUGCUUCUGAAAAGUUUAAGAAAAUGUCAUCUGUGCCAAAUAAAAAGAGAGACCAGCAUGUAAA